UUUUUUUAGAUCUAACGAAGAAAAUUUCCCGUCGACCUCAGGCCAAGGCCAAGGCCGUGGCCGUGGUCGCGGUCGCAGUCGCGGUGCCAAUAGAGGCAGAGGUGCUGAGGAUCCCACUUCUUACGGUCAGAGCCGCCCGACAAGUUUCGCAAAGACAUUUUGCGAACUUGUCGGCGGCCGACAAGAAGGAGCUAAUUAACAGGAAAAGACACAAGGAGCUGCAGCGGGUGCUCCUUCCCGACACGCCUCCGCGCAAGCGACGUACUUUAAAUGCUUCUCCUGAGAGGGAGCUGCCGGAAGUAAUGGAUCCACUGCAACCUACGCCGCAAGUGGAUCCACUACAGCCAUCUACUUCGUGGCAACCGACGCCGCCUCUACAAGUGCCGGCUGACGUAGAGUUUGUUAACGAGGAGAUCGGAGACAGCUCCAGGGACCCGACGCCGCCUCUACAAGUGCCGGCUGACGUCGAGUUUGUUAACAACGAGGAGAUUGGCGACAGCGACGCGUCCGUUGGUACGGCAGAGGCGGACACGGUAGCCGAGGAUGCCAACCUGUCUACGCUGAAGAGGUAUCGCCGCGUGCAAGCCAUACAGCAACACUUCUGGAAACGGUUCUCCAACGACUACGUGUCACUCCUCCAACUGAAGACGAAGUGGCGCCACGGGGACACACUGAAACCCGAGAGUCUCGUCCUAAUAAGGGACAAAACUGCACCUCCUCUCAUCUGGCUCUUGGGGAGGAUAGUCAAGACCUACCCAGGAGUCGACGGGGUCAGCAGAGUGGCCGAAAUUAGAACCAAGAAGGGCACAAUUCGGCGAGGAUUCAACAACAUCUGCGUGCUGCCCCUGGAUGAUCAUCCUUGAAUUACUUCAACCCGGGGAGCCUGUCUACGCAUCGUCUCGACUCGCCCUCCUGCUGCCCACAUCACUACGUGCGCCGGAAGCCGGGCACAGCACUACAGCGGUCUGCGCGGGCAGCGGUAGGGGCGGCUCUCGGGAGCCGCCACUUGGACUUCCGCCCUCCGCGAACGCGCGUCGCGCACCCUUGCAUUUCUUGAUUUCUUGUAAUAACACGAAGAACUACCAGUAAACACCUAUAAAAUACAGUCCACUCUUUUUAUUGAAGACCCUACGCUACAGAGUCUGUGAUCUCCUUGUUAAAAUACUCUCUGCAUACAUUCGCCCAGUUUUCAGUGGUUGACAGGCCAAUGAAACCAAUGAGUCUAGAGAACUAGGCGAGUUGGGUACCUUGUCCGCCUCUGCCGUACCAACGGAACCGUCGCUGUCUCCGAUCUCUCAU